AUGAUGUAAAAAAGAAAUUAGGAGAUCUCCAGGUAUAAAAUUCGUUCAAUAUAACAUGAAAUGAUGUUUGGCCAAUUAAAGUACUUGUAAAAUGAUUAUUAGUUAUUAGGUAGGGGGUCAUUUGGUAAGGUAUAUUUAGUAAAAAUUAAAGAUAAAUUAUAUGCAAUGAAGUAGAUUAAGAAAAAGUUAGUAUUAAAGAAAUAGCAACUAGAAAAUAUACUUUGUAAGUUAUUUGGUUAUUAUUUUAGAUGAAAGAUUCAUAUUGUAAAAAUAUGAUCAUACUUUUAUUAUAAAAAUUUAUUUUGUUUAUUAAGAGCCUUUAUUUAUCAAUAUGGUUAUGGAAUUUAUAUAAGGAGGAGAAUUAUUUUAUCAUUUGAAUAAAAGAAAAAAGUUUGAUUAAAAAACGACUGCUUUUUUUACAUCUUAAAUAGUUUUGGCACUUGAAUUUUUGCAUGAGGCUGUUGGAGUUGCUUAUAGAGAUUUAAAACCUGAAAAUGUUUUGCUCUGUAAAGAUGGUUAUAUAAAAUUGGCAGAUAUGGGUUUAGCAAAAAAUAAUAAUGAAUUAAAUUAUUCAUUUUGUGGNUGCUUAGAUUCAUCAGUUCUAAAUAUCUAAAUAUAUUUGUGCUAAUUUUCAUUCAUAUUUCUUGUUAAUUAAUAAUAAUAAUUAUUUGCAAAAAAAAUUAUUAUGAAUACAACAAAUAAUUUUUGA